UUCAAACAAGGGGACAGAACCAAUCCAUUCGACUAAACUUCAUUUGGUUUCUUUCUCUACCCUUUCACAAUGUCUGUACCAGCUUCCACGCGAAAAUGGGCAACAAAAUGCGCCUCAACCUUUCACAUUGUCCUCAGUUCCAUCGUCUUUCUGUUUCUUGACUGUCUUGAAACUGUCCUUUGCCUACUUUUCAGAUAUCUUGACGACUACUUUGAAGGGAAGCCCUCCUGUUGCUACUGUGAGAACACAAGAGAGGUAGAAGAUGAUGAGGUAUCAGAGACUCUGUGUGGAAGGAGAAACGUCUUUAGAGAAAUUGGGUUUCUUCAAUUUGCCAGAAAAUGGGACGAAUGUCGUUCCAAGAAAGUGGAUGGUCUCGUGACGAACAGGUGGUCUGAUUGUGGGUGUGAGUCUUGUGUUUCUUGGAUGAAGAAUGGUGAUCAGAAACUUCACGUCGUGGUGAAUGAGCCUUCACAUGCCUCCAUUCAGGAUUCAACGGAAAAUCCAACUGAAAAUGUGAUAUUCCUACAUGGGUUCCUCAGUUCUUCCUCAAUUUGGAAAGAGACAGCUUUUAAAAAUCAAUCCCAAAAAGUGAAGGAUAGUUACAGACUGUUUGCAGUUGACCUCUUGGGUUUUGGAAGAAGCCCAAAGCCAAGAGACACCUUGUACACAUUGAGGGAUCACUUGAAUAUGAUUGAGAAAUCUGUAAUUUGCCCCUUUGAUUUGAAGUCCUUUCAUUUGGUUGCACAUUCCAUGGGUUGCAUAAUUGCUUUGGCUGUAGCUGCAAAGUAUGCAAAGUUUGUUAAAUCAGUCACCCUUGUAGCACCACCAGUCUUGCUGCUGUCAGAAGCUGUAGCCAGUUUCACUGUCCUUAAUAGGCUGGCUAUGAGGAGAUUGUGGCCACUGUUAUUGUUUGGAUCAUCAGUAAUGUCAUGGUAUGAGCACUUGGGUCGAUGUGUCUGUUUUCUCUUUUGCCGGAAUCACAGGAUCUGGGAGAGUAUUGUUAAGCUACUUACUGGGAAAAGGGAUCUUCCCUUCCUGAUUACGGACUUGACUAAGCACACCCAUCAUUCGGCAUGGCAUUGUAUGCACAAUGUGAUUUGUGGUGGAGCAAAAUAUAUAGACGAUUAUUUGAAAAUACUGAUUGCGAACAGAGUGAAAGUCUGUGUCAUUCAAGGUGAAAAGGAUCAGGUUGUUCCUGUAGAGUGUAGUUUUAACAUUAAAAUGAAGGUUACGGACGCAGAGGUCAAUAUCAUUCCAAAUGCAGAUCACAACACAGUAAUUUUUGGAAGAGAAAAGGAAUUUACUGAAAGGUUGGAGGAAAUAUGGGCACUAUCUGCUGAUAUCAAUAGUGUAGCGGAAUGAUUUUUGGGAGAAGCUUCAUUGAGCAUCCAACUUACUCAUUGAAUAAAGUGGGGCAAAUUUAGGGGAACAUGUAUAUAAUUCAAACGAGUUGGUCCAUUAUUAUGUUUUCCGAACACAAGCAUGCAACAAUUCAAGUCAUGUAUGUCUAAGUGUAGGGUUGGAUUUACCCCGAGUUAUUCGAGCUCAGAUUGAAUGAGUCAAAUACAAGCGAAGGAUUUAAUUCA